GCGCUGGGAACCGGGAUCCGCGCGUCCGGGUCGGCUGGCGGCGCGGGCGGGCGUGGACGGCAGGCUGGGGGCGGCGACGGCGAGGGGCCGCGCGCGGAGGGCGCCGGGCGCAGCAUGGGCGGCCCGCGGGCCUGGGCUCUGUUCUUCCUCGGGCUCCUGCUCCCGGGAGGCAGCGCUGCUUGGAGCGUCGGAGCAGCCCAGUUCUCCGGACGCAGGAACUGGUGCUCCUACGUGGUGACCCGCACCAUCUCCUGCCAUGUGCAAAACGGCACGUACCUUCAGCGAGUGCUGCAGAAUUGCCCCUGGCCUAUGAGCUGCCCGGGGAACAGCUACAGAACCGUGGUGAGACCCACAUACAAGGUGAUGUACAAGACAGUGACCGCCCGGGAGUGGAGGUGCUGCCCUGGGCAUUCGGGGGCUGGCUGCGAGGAAGUUGCAGGCGCCUCUGGCUUCGCAGAGCCCGGGUGGCCGGGCAGUGCCAUGCGGCGGAUGUCACUUCGGCCCACGGCCUUCUCAGGUUGUGCCAACUGCAGCAAAGUGCAGCUGGAGCUGACGGAACGGCUGAAGGUGCUGGAGGCCAAGGUGGCAGUGCUGACUGUCACGGAGCAGACAGUGCCCCCAACCCCGGCUGCCCCUGAGGACCCUGCCCCCCUCUGGGGCUCCCCAGCUGCCCGGGGCAGUCCUGGGGACGGAGGCCUGCGAGGGCUACCGGGAGCCAGAGAAACCCUGAGGGCCCCGCUUCUCCCUCGAGAUGACCAAGUGGGUACCCGGGGGCUUCCUGGGCCCAUCGGCCCCAAGGGAGACACUGGCAGCCGGGGCCCAACAGGAAUGACAGGCCCACCAGGGCCACAGGGACCCCCAGGGAGCCCUGGCCAGGACGGAGCUAUGGGAACCCCUGGAGAGAGGGGACCUCCGGGCCCACCAGGGCCUCCUGGCCCCCCUGGCCCCCCAGCCCCCAUUGGACCACCCCACGCCCGGAUCCCUGAGCAUGGGGACCCAUUUCUGUCCAACACCUUCACAGAGGCCAGCAGCCACUGGCCCCAGGGACCAGCUGGGCCCCCUGGCCCCCCAGGGCCGAUGGGUCCCCCCGGUCCUCCCGGUCCCAUGGGCACCCCUGGGAGUCCCGGACACAUAGGACCCCCAGGCCCCGCUGGACCCAAAGGAGUCUCCGGACACCCCGGAGAAAAAGGCGAGAGAGGACUUCCUGGAGAGCCAGGGCCCCAAGGCUCCGUGGGACAGCGGGGGGAACCUGGCCCCAAAGGAGAUCCCGGUGAGAAGAGCCAUUGGCACACAUCAGCAUGUAUCUGGAAAGACGGUGGACAUUCUCCCAAAGCGCCACGAUACCACCGUCACACCUAAGAAAGCUGACAUUAAUCCAGUGAAAUGACGCCAUUUAAUACAUAACAUAUACUUGUUUUGUCAGUGGUCCCAAAGUGCCUUUUAUGGCUUUUUUUUUACUUCUAAUCAAGUUUUUUGCAUUGCACAGCGUCGUCCCGUCUCUAGCCCCUCUCCGCCCAACGCAGGCCUCCUCCCCCGCUUUUCUUUCUCUUUGUCUCUUUUCGACUGUUCAGCCCCCGAGAUUUGUCUGUUUCCUGCUGAUGAGACGCAGGUGAAGUCCUCUCGGCAGGGGCACUUCAGGGGGACGUGGUGCUCUCUUACUGCAUCUCUGCAGGAGACUCGUGAUGUCAGCUUGUCCACUGUCCACGCCGGGAGUGGUUUAACAUAAUUUCUGAAACUCAUUCAUUGUUAGCUCCUCUUCCUGUGAUGCUUGAAGAGGGAUUACUUUAGUGGACAGCCUGUGGUGACACUGUGACUGUCCCCCAGGCUGCAAUGACCAGUCAGUGGCCUAAGGGUAGCUCAAUCCAUGUGAUGUGGACAGGACACUGGGGUCAUAUCAGACAGUCACAGCAAGGCCAUGGCGGGCUCACGAGUGUGUUAGUAGAUCUCUCAGUUGUUAGAUGUGUGUGUGGGGGAGGGAGAAGCUACUUUAAAGGGCUGGAUUGUCCUUACAGCAACAUGCACAUUGCCCAUCACCCCUUCACUUACUCCGUACUGAGUAAAGGACCUCGAGAAAGACUUCCGGCUGAAAGACAGUUGGAAUAGCUAUUUGCUGUACAAGUGCUCUGUUGGGGUUGAGGUUAUCAAUAAUGCAGACCUAGCUGAAGUCUGGACUAGGAAAGGAGGAGAGAGGGAGUAUGAGUUUAGGCAAGACCAUGGACCCCAUGCUGGGGCAGGAAAGGACAGAAAGAUUGGGAGCAAGAGAAAGUGAGUGCCAGCUGCUGGUCUCUGGCAUGAACCCCCCCCCCAGGCGGCAGCUGGCACUACUUGGGAGUGGGGAGCCCCAGAUCAGGGAGGCCUGGGAGGAAGGUGGCUUUGUGGACCCCCUGCCACAUCCCUCGGCCUGGGCGCUAGGGAUGCUGCUUAGAAAAGAGGGUGGGGCUGAGGGCCAGGCUCCAGGAUCUGCAGACUCUGGGCCUGGGGCAGUCAGAGCCUGGGAGGGUUGUGCUCAAAGUGAGAAGGGCUGGGGAGGGGGCACCAGGGCCAGACCUCAGUUUUGCCAGCAUUCCAGACACAACUUCCUGAUAGCAGUGCCACUCAAACAUGCUCUCAUUUUACUUGUCCAUAUUCCUUUUGACGUGAAUGGAAAGCAUAUUGGUAAGUAGCCUGAUCUCACUGAUGGAGGUGGGCAAAAAGUGUGCCCCAUCAUUAGAGAUGAUGGAGGCUGCUUCACAGCAGCCUCCAGGGCACGUUCUGUGGCACAUUCCACACAGGCCCUGGGACAGCACCGCUGCCCUCACCCGUAGUGCAGCAAGGGCGUGGGGAGGAAGCAGCCAGCUGGGAUCCAUCAGGACUUAUUGAGGGGGCUGCUUCUGCCUGCUUUGUCCCCCUCCUGUCCUUUCCUGGUCUUGCCCUGGCUGUCCAUGGGCCCUGGGCUGUGGCAGGGGGUGCAGGCUGCGGGUGCAUGACCAGGGUGGGGCAUGGGCCACUGACAGGCUUUGCAGGGCCCCCUCCCCUGCCCCCUUC